AAGCGGUUUCGGAAUUGGAUUGGAAAUGGGUGGGAGUGGAAGUGGUAGAGGCGCGGGAAAAAGUAUCGGAAUUGGAAUGGCGAGAAGUGGCAGUCGAAGUGUGAUGAUAACCGGUGUUAGCAAAGGUAUCGGAAGGGCUCUUGCCAUUGAAUUGGCGAAUCGUGGUCACACCAUUAUCGGGUGUUCCCGUGCUCAGGAUAAGCUCGAUUCUCUUCAUUCUCAACUCUCUCUUUCUCCUUCUCAUCUCUUCCUCAACGUCGACGUCAGGUGCAAUAAGAGCGUUGAAGAAAUGGCACGAAUUGUAAUGGAGAAAAAGGGAGGUCCUCCAGAUGUUAUAGUGAACGGGGCAGGAACCAUAAACAAGAACAACAAGAUGUGGGAGGUUCCAGAAGAAGAGUUUGAUUUGGUUAUGGAGACCAAUUUGAAAGGGACAGCCAAUGUGUUGAGACACUUCAUCCCUCUAAUGAUUAAUAAUAAGAAGAAAAAGAAUGGGGAAGAAGGGGGUAUUAUUGUGAAUAUGUCUUCUGGAUGGGGAAGAUCUGGUGCGGCCCUUGUAGCACCUUACUGUGCAUCCAAAUGGGCAAUAGAAGGACUCACCAGAUCAGUUUCCAAAGAGUUGCCCGAAGGAAUGGCUGUGGUGGCACUCAAUCCUGGAGUUAUCAAUACUGAUAUGCUCGCCUCUUGCUUUGGUGCUUCCGCAUCUCUCUACCAAUCCCCCGAAUCAUGGGCUUUGAAGGCAGCCACCAUGAUACUCAAUCUUACCCCCGCAGACAACGGUGCUUCUCUCACCGUAUGAACUUUAACCCACUCACUCACUCACUUACAUUACAUGAUUAUUAUUAAUUUAUUAUUAUCAACUUUCAUUUGUUCUAUUAUUAUUAUUAUUACAACUAUUCAGACAGAACAAAUACGUUUUCUACUUCUUCUCUUCUCUAAACUAGUAGUAACCUUUAGUCUCAUGGAUUUGGAAAUACAACCUUAGUGUGAGACUAAGGCUAAUUAUAAGUCAAGAAUCAUACUAUUACUAUUUAUUACUACAACUAUACCACAUAA